AUGGCCGCCAACCUCCCUCCCGAUCCCUACAAGAUUCUCGGUGUAUCAAAGGAUGCCAAUCUUCCAGCGAUUCGAAGUGCCCAUCGGAAGCUGGUCCUCAAGUGCCACCCAGACAAGGUGCAGGACGAAGCCCUCAAGGCCGCAAAGCAAGACGAGUUCCAGAAGGUCCAGCAAGCCUACGAGCUUCUCAGCGACGAUAACCGCAGGUCACAGUACGAUGCCCAGGUGAAGCUGUUCGAGCUGCGGAAGGAGAUGGGGAGAGGGGCCUCGACGCCCAAGAGUAACCCCCCCGUCGAUCCUUUCGUCUUUGAGGUCAGGACUGCCGAACCAAGACCCAACACAUACACCCGGCCUUCUACAAAUUCCUAUCCGGGUCCGCCUCGCCCGAAAUCAUAUGAAGAUGUUUACGACAUCCCUUUGAGGACUGCCAAGAAGUCGGCGAGUUACGAAUCCGCGGAGCGGAAGCGGGACGAGGAGAAGCAACGGGAGUUGCGGAAGCGGGAGGAAGAGGAGCGGGAGCGCCAGAAGUGGGAGAAGGAGAGGAAACGAGCUGCGCAUGUGGAGAGGAAGAAGACUCGGGAUAAGGAGAAGAGGAGAGACACCGAAGAGAGGCGGACUCGAACCACCCGAGCUUUUGUUGAAGACGACUCCGACAGCCCACCCCCGCCCCGAGAAAAGAAGUCGAGCAGGGAUAAGUAUCGAGUCGACGAAGAGAUCAAUGUGCGAGGUGAGGACAUUUGGAGCGAGGCUGCCAGACCAUCAGCUUCUCCUAGGGUCCCCCCGUCAGCGCCCCUUACGCCGAAGUGGGAUGGGCACAAGGAGUUCGCGGCGGAGUACAUGCAAGCCGCGCGUCGAAAAGCAACGCCAGAAGAAGAUUUUCACCAUCCUGGCAUGCGCAGGUCUGAGACCUUUGCUGGGCCAGACGUGAAGUACCAUACAAGAUAUGCUACCCCUACAAAACCCACCACCUUCAGCCCGAGCGAUGAUGAUACCCCCCGACGAUCAUCUGCCCGUCGAAGAACUUCAGAGACACCGCCGGUUCGAACCCGAGAACCACUGAAGAGGGAGAAGGAGACCAAACGAUCGCCAUCUGUGCGGAAAGUAUACCCUGAUAUUGUCGAACCGCCUUCUCCCCCUCCGAUACCGAAGGUGCCCAAGCUGAAGACGCAUUCCUCAGCACCACCCAUCGUGCCAGACUUCGUUAAACCUAGUCGAUCCAAGUCCGAGUACGUUAAAAAGGAAAGGGAACCCGCUAUCCCCUCGCUUUCUCGCUCGCACACCUUCCAGUCGGGAGACCGAGAUCGAGGCCGAGAAAGCAGCAGGUUACGGAACCCAGUUCAGUACGAUUCUGACGAGUCAGAGACCGACCCGCCAGUCUAUUCUUCCCGUCGCGUCUCACGCAGCCCCCGACAGCGGCGGUUCAUCAUAAGAGAAGGCCGUACCUUUCCGGUCACCACUAGUCAUCGCUCGGACAUGCAUAAUGUCGAUGACGAGGAUUACUCUCCACGUGAUCGCAGCGAAUCGCCUCGAGGGGGACGGAAGGUUGAGCGACCACCUGUCAGCAAUACAUCGCGCCAAGCACCGCAACGUACCAAUCCUCAGGCGUACUACCCACCAGAAGCUGCUGAACCAGUCACCAUCAAUGCUCGGCCCCAAAUGCCCUCUCGAGAUCAUCGAGGCGGUACUAGCAGAGGAUCAUACUUCCCAGAGGGGGUGAAAUAUGCUCCAGCAUACAGACAUGAAGAUAUUCUCUACAGCCCACAUCACAGCCCGGAUGCGUAUCGCAAGGGCAGUGACCCGAGCACUCGGGAUUGGAGCUAUCCUGCACCCCGCGUCUACGCUUCUUAA